CACCUGUCUCCCUCUGUCUCUCUGUCUCUGUAACUGCAUGUUUCUAUGGCCAGGCUGUGAGCACUUACGGCCCGUCCACACAGCAGCAUUAAAAAAAUCUUGGAGGUGGGCGUAUCUGAAGCUUGGGGAUUUUUUGCGAGCAAGUCACCAACAACCAAUCACAUGAAUCUCCCGCCCCCGACAUACGAAGCAAAAAAGUUUGAAGUAAACUGGAUAUAAACUCCCCAAACAGGCGAAAACCUACCUGUUCUGUCCUUGAUGUGUGUUUUUGGUGUAUAUCUGUCGUGUAUGUGUUUUCUUGGCUGUGUUUUGGCACCACCUUGUGGUGGUUGUUUGACACUGCUGCUUUCUAGUGGUUUAUUCGAUUCCUGUUGCUCCACGUGUAGCUUGGGUUGUUUCAUGAACGGACGUCUGCUCUCCAUGGGCUGUGCUUCGUAUUUCCCGCUGGUUCACGCAUCGUCUUUUCACCAAGUAAAGAGACUUCAGUAAAACUGACAACUGUGCUGGAGUUUUCUUUCAAACGGUUUAACUGGAUGGAUAGCUAGCUCAGUGCUAGUGAGACCCUUACAGUGAAAAGACGGCAUUACAGCCAGCUCCGGGGACGGAGACAGGCUUCCUACGGAGCGACACCAAGAGCUAAGUGGCUAACUCAGUGCAUAUGUACAGCCUUCACGCCAGCUUAUCUCUUCAUCCACGUUAUUUAAUUCACAACCCAGCCAUUAUGGAAGAAAAUGACAACAUGGAUAAAAUAAGUGUAAACGCACACUCUGUGCACACACGUGCGUCGCGCUCAUCAUCCAGCUCAAAGGCUAAUUUAGCACUGGCUAUGGCUAUGGCAAGGGCUGAAGCAGCACAGGCUAGAACAUCACACUCUAAAUGGGAAAUUGAGCUAAAAGUCGAGCAAGCACGCAUUCAAGCUACUCUUGAUGCAUUAAAGGAAGAAAAGGAGAAAGAUGCUGCCAUAGCUGAAGUAACAAUGUUGCAGGCUGGUUUACUAGAGCUUGAUGUUGAAGAGGCCAGCAGAGGCUCUAAUCCAGUGUCUCAACACUUUAUGUACCAGCGCACCGCUGCUUAUGUGAAAGAGCAAACCAGCAGAAUAGGUGGAUCGCCUAGCAAAAUUAGUGACAUUGUUGCCCCCAUAGGCCCACACCUAAAUGAACCAUCACAACAUAGUAAAGGAGAGGAUGUUAAGCCUACACAGUCCUACUCACUUAAAGGCCUUGCUCAAACACAAGCUGCUGUUUCUACCCAAACUACGCCUCACCACACAUUAAAGGCUCCUCGACCUGGUACACCAGCACCGCCGUGGACUCUCAAUAAGCAGUCUCCAUUCUCUGCUUAUCAGCCUAACCAAGGUACGCCCUAUGAAGCCAGUUACCACAACCCUCAAACAACUAACGAUCUGGCUAAAUAUCUUGCCCGCAGUAACUUAGUGACAUCAGGCCUCACAACAUUCGACGAUCAACCAAUGAAUUAUUGGGCUUGGAAAACGUCCUUCCUAAGUGCUAUUGCUGGUCUGGAUCUGUCUGUUGGAGAAGAACUCGACCUGCUCUGCAAAUAUCUGGGAAAAGAGUCAUCAGAUCAGGUGAGGAGAAUCAAGGCCGUCAACAUCAGACACCCUGACGCUGGACUAAUGAUGGCCUGGGAGAGGCUUGAGGAAAUAUACGGCUCACCUGAGGUCAUUGAACAGGCUCUCUUUGACAAGCUAGAAAGCUUCCCCAAACUGACCAACAAAGACCCAAAACGACUCAGAGAGUUAGCAGACCUGCUGUUAGAGCUUGAGGCUGCUAAGAGAGAUGGCUCCCUCCCAGGUCUGUCAUAUUUGGAUACUUCCAGAGGGGUUAAGCCCAUCAUCGAAAAACUCCCAUACAACAUCCAAGAAAAGUGGAUAUCUUAUGGUUCAAGAUACAAACGUGAUCAUCAAGACAGUUUCCCACCUUUCUCUGUCUUUGCAGACUUUGUUCGUACAGAGGCAAAAGCUCGUAAUGAUCCCAGCUUCAACCUCUCCACGACAGUUCCUAUGGAGAAAAAGAGUACGUGGGAGAAAUUCACGAAGAUGCCUGUAUCUGUUCACAAGACACAAGUGUCGUCUGCUGACAGAUAUGAAAGCAGAGAGGAUAAGAAGCUAACAGACCCAAACAACCAUUGUCCUCUACAUAAGAAACCACACCCUCUGAAGAAAUGCAGAAGCUUUAGAGAAAAGAGUCUAGAGGAACGCAAACAGCUCUUAAAGGAACAUUCCUUCUGCUUCCGGUGCUGCUCCUCUACUGGUCAUCUCGCCAGAAACUGCACGGCUGAGGUGAGAUGUAUAGAAUGUGGGAGCACGGGUCACGUGUCAGCAUUACACCCAGGACCAGCAGUCUGGAAACCUAAGCCCUCUCCUCCCUCUUCAGAGCACGGCGGGGAGGAAGACAAAGAAGACCAUCAGGUCACAUCAAGGUGCACACAAGUGUGUGGUGAAGGUGUUAGCGCACGAGCAUGCUCAAAAAUAUGCCUUGUAAGUGUGUAUCCAGCUGGUCGCUCGGAAGAGGCCAAGAAAAUGUAUGCAAUACUGGACGAGCAGAGUAAUUGUUCCUUGGCACGCUCUGAGUUCUUCAAUGUUUUCAAAAUCACAGGGCCUUCCUUCCCUUACACACUGAAAACAUGCGCUGGACUAACUCAGACAACAGGGAGAAGAGCUAGUGGGUUCACAGUGGAAUCAGCAGACAAAAAGUUAAGCUUUCCUUUGCCUACACUUUUAGAGUGCAACCAAGUUCCCAACAACCGCUCCGAAGUCCCUACGCCAAAUGCAGCUCAUCACCAUGCUCACCUGAAGUGCAUCGCCGACGAAAUACCACCUCUCGAUCCUAACGCUGACAUACUCCUCUUGCUGGGCAGAGACAUUCUCAGGGUCCACAAGGUCCGUGAGCAGAUAAGUGGUCCAGACAACACACCGUUCGCCCAAAGGCUGGACCUGGGAUGGGUUGUCGUUGGUGACGUGUGUCUAGCAGGUGCUCACAAACCACUAGAGGUGAACAGUUACAAGACGUCUAUCUUGGAGAAUGGUCGUACUAGCCAUCUGCAGCCAUGCAACAACCAAAUCAAGAUAAGAGAAAUCUUCAAUCAAGCCCCUGACUACACACAUCAUCCAGCACUGACCUCUAAGUUCAGCACAGCAACACAUGAUGCAGACAGUCUGGGUCAAACCAUCUUCACGCGAACUGCCAACGACCACAAACUAGCCCCAUCCGUAGAAGAUAUGAAGUUUCUUAAGAUCAUGGAAGCAGAGUUUCAUCAAGACAGCUCGAAGAGCUGGGUGGGACCACUACCUUUCCGGUUACCAAGACAGAGGCUGCCUAACAAUAGGAAACAAGCACAAGAUCGUUUUGCCUCAUUGAGACGCACGCUGGAAAAACGGCCACAGAUGAAAGCCCACUUUCUAGAGUUCACAGCAAAACAAAUACGGUCUGACUGCGGCACUAACUUCGUUGGCGCUUCUCGAGAGUUGCAAAUGAAGACUACAGAUCCCAGUGGCAACAACGUGGAGAAGUACCUGAGCACGCAGAACUGCACAUGGGUGUUCAACCGGCCACAUGCGUCCCACAUGGGUGGGGCAUGGGAACGGAUGAUUGGCAUCGCUCGUCGCAUUCUUGACUAUCUGCUGCUUGAACAGAAGAAGUCUUCUUUGACGCAUGAAGUUCUGCUUACGCUCAUGGCUGAGGUGACAGCAGUCAUCAAUGCUAGACCUCUCAUUCCAGUAUCUUCAGAUCCAGAGUCACCUCUUAUCCUCACCCCAGCAAUGCUCUUGACCCUCAAAACAGGCUCUACACCACCUCCUCCAGGUAACUUUGAAGAGGCAGACCUCUUUAAAGAGCAGUGGAAGCAAGUUCAGAGCCUGGCGGACACCUUUUGGAGUAGGUGGAGAAAAGAAUAUCUCAAGACUCGUCACAAGUGGCGGUCUAAGAGGUCCCUGAACUUAAGCAGAGGGCGUCCGAAAAAAUAAAUAAUUCGAGAGAAGAUCGAGAGUUUCUAUCGCUUAAAAUGACUAUAGGGAAAAAGGACAAGGACAUCCCUCUGUUGGAGGGGCAAAGGAGUCUGGUGGGAUUAUUUUCGGAGUAUUGAAGAUCUUUUCCCCGACAUCGGCGGUGCCUGCCACAGGACAACACGGUGCCUGCCACAGGACAACACGGAACGUGCGCGAUUUGGACGCGAUGAGCGCGGAGCUCGCGCGUGAACUGAGGCUCCGUGAUAAACUGUGGUAAAAUGACUAAAAAGAGCCGGAAUUCCCAUCACUAACGUAAAGAGAUAGUAUCUAACAAUACCCCCCAUGUUUCUAAGCGGCUCCCGAGGGAUGUCAUCCAAUAACGAAGAGCACAGAUGGCUUGGUGUAUUCGUAGGAGGCCGAUCGCAUUGUAGCUCUAGCAUAGCCUCGCGGCUGUAGCAGCGUAGAGGCCGGGGCUCCUCGCCAUACCUGUUCGUGCUGUCACUCAGGUGUGUCUUGGAAAGUUGUAUGGCCAGGCAUGGUCUGCAGAAGGUAAAUGUAAUCCACAGGAUCAAAAGCAUGGUCUCUCAAAAUGACGUUUCAUAAAGACACGACAAAGUUUAGACAAUACUUAGACCAAAAAAAACACAAGACGAACGGAGCAUACUGAGACUCGCGGUGACAGGAUGCCGUCUCCCUCUGUCUCCUGUAUACCAGAGGUGGAAGUCAUACAUGUGCAAGUCCCAAGUUACUGGGGUGUGUGUGUGGGGGGGAGGUUUUCCUUCUAUAAAACAGCUGCGGGCAGCAGAUACUGUGAGUCGCAGACAUGAAUACAUAGG